UGCAUCUUCUUCUUCUCGUACGUCUGGUCAAUCGGUUCGACGAAAGAUGAGGUCGGUCGCAAGCGUUUCGAUAAACUCACACGGGAGCUGAUAAAUGGAGGCAUGACAGAGGAGACGCGGCAUACUCUAUCCCUCGUUGAGUUAGUUCCGCCACCAAUGCAAGAUUAUAAAAUGCCUUUCCCCAUCAAAGGCAGUGUCUUUGACUACCAACUCACCUUCACAGUAAGUUUGUGA